CGGACGGGAGGGGUGCGGACGGGAGGACAGCGGACGGGAGGACGGCGGACGGCGGACGGCGGGGCGGCGCGGACAGACGCGGCCGGACACAGCCGGGCCCGGGGCGUUGGGGGCGCGCACUGCGGGCCCGGGUCGGCGCCGGACGAGUGGCCAGACAUUAGGGCAGCACCGCGGCGCCUCUGCCGACUCCGCCUGGACGAGCAAUGGCCGACGACUCUAAACCCGGGUUCUACAUGGACGAACUUAACAAAUUCAAACAGCAGCACGGCGAGGAGGUGCAGUACCAGGAGCUGCCCCACUCGGCCCUGUCCAGGCGUUUCAGCUUUGUAUUUCAGGUGGUUGUCGGCAGCCAGACGUUCCCCAAAGCGGGGGGCAGCAGUAAGAAGGAGGCCAGGAACGCCGCCGCCAAGGCCGCACUCGAGGUCCUGAAGGCGCAGAACGGAGAACGUGCUUUCUCGAUGCCCGAGAACCACGUGGGCCAGCUCAACACGUUUGCCCAGAAGGGCGGAAUGCGGGUCAUCUACGAGUGCGAAGAGCAGGGCCAAAAGUUCCAGUCCAGGUGCAGAGUCAACGGGAAAGUCUACGGCUCGGCGCUGGCCGUGUCCAAGCAGAAGGCGAAGCAGCAGGCCGCCAAGAAGGCCCUGGAGAAGUUGCGCUCGGAGGACGCGGCUGCGAGGCCCCAAGUGCCCUCGGCGGCGUUCAGCGCGUCCAGCGCGUCCAGCGCGUCCAGCGCGUCCAGCGGCGAGAGCAGCCCCUGGCUCAGAUCCCGCGGGCUCAGCAGCCCCGAGUCGCUCUCGGAAGGAAGUUGCUCUGGCAGAAGCAGCCUCAGUGAUGGCAGUUUCUCGUCCCCGGUCUGGAGCUUCAGGAAUCCUCUCAGGCUGACAGAGAGGCCAGUAUGUGUUGGAAAUGGAGCUUCCUCAUGCAAGGGCUCGUCGGCCUCAUGCGCUAAGUCUCGGAGGUGUGUGGAAAACCAUCCCGCGGGAAGGGCCCGGGAAGGGCCAGAUACAGCCAGUCUCGGGCGGCUCCGUGUCACUUUGCAGACUCUGCGUCCCUCUGAUUUGCUCUUGAAUUGCAGGGCAGCGCCGGCCCUGGUCUCCCCUGUGAAGGCGACGGCCGACAACAAGUACACCACAGAGAAGAGGCUUCUUGAGGACUUCACAGACAUCACACCCAUUGGCAGUGGCGGGUAUGGGCAAGUCUUCAAGGCCCGCCACAAUAUCGACCGCAAGACUUACGUCAUUAAACGCGUUAAAUACGACAGCUGGAAAGCGGAGCGAGAGGUGAAGGCGCUGGCGGCCUUGAGGCACCCGAACAUCGUGUCCUACCACGACUGCUGGAGCGGCUCCGACCGCUGCUUCCGGGACCCCGACUCCAGCAGUGUGUCCGAAGAUGGGGGAGAAUUUCCUCGUGCUGGCGGGUCGGAGACUAAGUGCCUUUUCAUCAAGAUGGAGUUCUGUGACAAGGGCACUCUGGAGCACUGGAUCGACAGCAGGAGGGGCCAGACGCCCAACAAGGACCUGGCGUUGCAGUUUUUUGAACAAAUAGUUGAAGGUGUGAAUUACAUACACGGAAGAGGAUUUAUUCAUAGAGACCUCAAGCCGUCCAACAUAUUUCUCGUGGACGAAACGCAAGUAAAGAUCGGAGACUUCGGGCUCGUCACCCACCUGAGGAACGACAGCAAACGGACCACGGGCAUGGGCACCAGGCGCUACAUGAGCCCGGAGCAGCUUUCAUCAACAGAUUAUGGCAAUAAAGUGGACAUCUUUGCCUUGGGGAUCAUCUUCGUGGAGCUGACUCACAUCUGUAAAACUGCUUGGGAAAUGGCAGAGAUCAUUUCACAGCUGAAGGGAGAAGGAAAACUCCCCCCCGUAUUCCAAGGCAGAGAAAAAACUCUCCUGGAGAAAUUAGUCGCACGGAACCCCAAGGAGCGCCCCAGUGCCCAGGAGCUGCUGCAGACCCUGAGGAGCUGGAGGGAUGUUGCCGGGCUCGGCAUGCACAGGACGUGCUAGAGCCUUUCCGAGACAGCCGCUGCGACGUCCCCUGGUCCGGGACUGUAAAGACUUGUUAGGGAAAACUGUGAAGGCUUGGGGCUGGAGCAAUAGCACAGCGGGUGGGGCGUUUGCCUUGCACGCGGCCAAGCUGGGUUCGAUCCCCGGCAUCCCAAAUGGUCCCCUGAGCAUCGCCAGGGAAAAUUCCUGAGUGCAGAGCCAGGAUUCACCCCUGUGCAUCGCCGGGUGUGACCCAAAAAGCAAAAAAAAAAUUGUUCAAAUUUACUAGCUUUUUUUUCUGUUUUUAAAUUAUUAUUCCCUUAACUUUUUUUUAUAAGUUUACAGAGAGCUUUGCCUUUUAACUUCAAACUCAAUAAUAUAAAUCAAAAAAAAUCUUUUUUUUUUUUUUUAUUGAAUCACUGUGAGAAGUCACAAAGCUUUCAGGUUUAAGUCUCUGUCAUACAAUGACCAAACACCCAUCCCUUCACUAGUGCACAUGUUCCACCACCAAGAACCCCAGUAUACCUCUCCUCCCCCCAACCUGUGUAGCUAAUGAUCUUAAAGAUCUUCACUUUACUCUCUAUAUACUUUGAUUACAUUGAAUAUUUCAACAGAAAACUCACUAUUAUCAUUUGGAAUUUUCCCCUAACAAUCAGACCUGCUGAAAAGGCAUCAUUUGAUCAUUUAUUUUCCAUUGCUGAGAAUGAAGAGUAUAUGAGGCCGCGUGGCUGCAACAGUGGCCUGAGGUUUUGCAUUUCUGGUAUUUUAGAAAUUAAGUCCAGAGCAAUUUCCAGAAGUUGCGUUACUGCAAGCUCGUACCACCGGUUAGUGGGCUCUAUAAGAUGGUGGUCGCCACCCGGCCACCACUGCGGCCGCCUCGGAAAGGAAAAGCCUUUCCCCUCCCGGGGUGCCAUGGAGUCGUAGCUCAGUCCAGUCUAGAGGCAUUUCUGUAAGAAGCCACUGGGUGCCGACAGUAGUUAGUAGGCCUCCGGGAUCAGGGUCUUUUAGGAGCAGAGGAGCUGUUCAUGGGCAGCCGCUCUGGGUCUCAUCUGGGCGGAGAGUGCCCAAAAAAUCAUUCUUGCGGGGCUGGAGCAAUAGCACAGUGGGGAGGGCAUUUGCCUUGCACGCGGCCAACCCGGGUUCGAUUUCCAGCAUCCCAUACGGUCCCCUGAGCACCACCAGGGGUGAUUCCUGAGUGCAGAGCCAGGAGUAACCCCUGUGCAUUGCCAGGUGUGACCCCAAAAAAAAGCAAAAAAAAAAAAUUAUUCUUGCACUUGAUUUUCCCCCAGGACUUCUCAUUAUGAAGAUGAGAGAAAAAAAUGCCCUAACUUUCCUGAUAUCAGUUAGUAAAAGUAUCACUGUUAUCACUGUAUCACUGCCAUCCCGUUGCUCAUCGAUUUGCUCGAGCGGGCACCAGUAAUGUCUCCGUUGUGAGAAUUAGUAAAAUAAUUAAUAAAUAUGUAUUAAAUAUGUACUGUUUCCAGACCAAAAUCUAUUGAGACCAUCUAGGUCUUAAAUAGCUAACAAGCUAAUAGGAGAAGCGAUCCUUAAAAAAAAAAAAAAAUCAUGUGCAGUCACUUUGGCAUCCUUUAAGACGGUUAAAUGUUUCCAAGUUUUGGAGUCACCAAAUCCAUUCGGACACACAGGCCUGAGAGAAUGUUCUAGAAAUCUUGUUUCCCUUAGCCGAAAGAACAGGAAACAAAACUAAUGUCCAGCCCAAGGAAAGCAGAUUUGGUCGUAUCCCCCAUUGCAAUAUUAUGCAGCAGUGAAAAGUGAAUGCCAGUAAGUGCAGCACAAGGGCACUGCGGAAGACAGGCAAGGAGGAGGGCCGGGUAGCCCAGGUCCCUCAGCGUGGGACCUCCUCCGUCUGACUGGCUGUCGCCCAAACCCUCGUUUACGCAGCGUUUGCUACCAGUGUGCAGAAAUGACCCCGCUGCCACCUCAGCAGAAACAGCCGGGGGAGGGCAGGCUGACAGACGCGAGGGGUCAGGACGGUGUCCGGGCUGUGGCUCUUUGGGGGGCUGCCGUCAUAGCUGCUGCUGGGUGCAUUCAAGAUCCGCCCGGAAGUAGGCGCUGUGGUCAGCUCCCUGGUCCACGCGAGCCUGGAGGCGGUCACUGCAGCGCCUCUCGGGUCUGUGCCCUGCUGGUCCUGUGUCCAGGCGGACUCAGGUCUUACCUCAAGGUCUCUCGAUCCUCUCUGCGUUGGCUUUUGCAGAGGGUUUUACUUUUCUGUGUGUGGCAUCCAGUUUUCACAGCACCGCUUGCAGUGGCCAUCCCUGAGCUGGCUGGCAGGGAGACCGGCUGGUCACUGGUCCCUAGAGUCCCCUGGCCAAGCCUCUCCCAAGCCUCUGCCCCGCCACCCCUGGACUGUUUGGGGACCCAGGGCAGCUUCCGCUGCUCCCUUCCCAACACCUUGCCCCGU